AUGAGCGACAUUGUCCCGGAAACAGCCACACCUGGCGCUUGGCCAUACAAGGGCGAGAGCAAAGAGGGUAGCGCUGAGCAUAGUGCGGCCACACCGCGCUCAUCCCUUGCUGCUUCCCACGAUGUUGGUCUGUGUCCGGGAGAGCCAGAAAGUGGUGUUGACAUGGAGCAGGGGGAAGGGGAAUACAGUCAUCGAGAUAUCCACGCGGAACGCCAGAAAUUGGGAGAAGCGCAAGGGGAGCCCGAAAUGAUCAAAGUGAAAGCCGGCGGAUCGGUGCCAGAUGUGGAUCAAGAGACAGUCAAGAUGGAAAAUAUUCAGCCUAAACCUAUGGAAGAGGGGAAGGGGAAGGGUAAAGAAGCGGUGAAAGAACAAGCAGCUGCUGACACGGGCAACAAGAAGUCGGCACUCACUGGGAUGGCGAAGUGGGGAUUCGCCAAAGCUGCUCAAAACUCUCAGGUACAAGGGGCCUUUUUGAAGGCGGCUAAGGACAUGUUCUCAUCGACACCACAAUUGGCGGGCAAAACAGAUCAUCCUGUUGAGCUGCCCAGUCAGGCCGAAAGAGAGAAGGUUACUCCGCAGCGUGGUCCAUCGGUGGAAGAAGUUAAGGAUAUGUUUUCAUCUGCACCAGAAUUGGCCGGGAAACCAGACCGUCCUGUUAUUCUACCCAUCCAGGAGGAGACUGUGAAAAAAACUCCCGCAAGUCCGCCAUCUAAGCUAGAGGCCAAGGAUACCUUUUCUGCAACAGCAGAGUUGGCAGGCGAGACAGAUCGCCCAGUAGUUCCCACUUCUGAACUCGAAGAGCAGAAACAAGCCCCUGAGAUUAGCGCCGAAGAAGGAGCUGCUGAACCUCUUGAAAAGCCGACGGAUGUUCAGGGUGAAUCCGAAAAUGUUAUUAUAGAACCUGAAGAAAAGGUCGUUCAGGAAAAGGAGGGAAUUUCAGAGGAAACAGACGAGACUGCUCUUCAUGCCGGAGAGCAUGCGCUGGAGGAACCAGUGAGCGCUACCGAUAAAGCACUGGCCAAGGGCCAAAACGCCUCCCAGUCUUUUGCAUAUGACGCCGAACACGAGGGCCACUCAGCAGAAGGAGAGAUACCUGCCCAUGAAAAUCACGGGGUGGAAGAGCCAAUUCAUGAUCAAGAAAGGGAAAGAGAGGAGCUCCAGGUUCUCGAACCAGUUGCAGAGAAAGACAGCAGGAGAGAAGGUAUCCCAGAGGGAGAAAAACUGGCUCCCAAUAUCCACGAAACAGCCCAAGAAAAAUCAACCACCUGUAUCGAAAAACAGAAAGCUGAUAAGCCAUUAACUGGAGAAGAGCUGCAAGAGGAGAAGGCUACUGACUGCUCGAUUCUCAAAAAUGGGACUGUAAACAAAGGCGGAAACGUCAUUGACGAAGACGGCAAACCAGUUGGAAGGGUGACCGAAGGCGUGCUGCAACAGCUUAUUGGAAGGAAAGUUGAUGAAAAUGGAAACAUCUGGAGCAGCAGCGGCACAAUCCUGGGCAAGGCAGAACCAAUUCCCGAGGAUGAACGCGAGAUAUUGCUCAAAGAGCCAGCGCCAUUUGAGAACUUUCCGGAUGCUAAAGUUAGCAAGAAUGGGAUGGUGAUUUCGAAUGACGAAGUUGUGGGCAAAGUUGUGAAGGGUGACUUAGCCAUCGUUAGGGGUAAGGCUGUCGAUCCAGAUGGAGAUAUACUAGACAGGAGCGGGAAUGUCAUUGGGCACGCUGAGAGUUGGGAGCCAGAGCCUGAGACUGAGGUGGAUAAGUCGAUAAUGGCCGGGAAGAGGGUGAACAAAGCUGGCAAUAUCGUCGAUGGCAGUGGUACAAUAUUUGGGCGCGUGGUGGAAGGUGAUGUGAGGAAGAUGAUUGGCCGCAUGUGUGACAAGAACGGGAACGUCCUCGGCGAGAGCGGUGACAUUCUUGGUAAAGCUGAUCUUGUCCCUGAGGGUGAACGAGAAGGUAUGAAAGAGGGUCCAUUUGCCGAGUUGCAGGGCAGUAUGGUAGUUAAGGAUGGCACAGUCAUCACUCCAGCUGGAGAUAUCGUGGGCCGACUUGUGAAGGGGGAUCCAAAGUUGCUCUUCGGACGUCAAAUAGACGAGGAUGGUGAUGUUCUCGACAAGAACGGCAAUGUGAUUGGGUUCGCAGAGCGCUGGGAGCCUGAAAAGGUCGAGAAAAAGAGGAGCCGUAUGUAUGGCCGGCGAGUCAACCGUGAAGGCAAUGUGGUUGACGAAGAUGGAAACGUUAUCGGCAAGCUCACGUCUGGUGAUGUCAGGAUCUGCGGCGGGAAAGAGAUCGAUGAGGAUGGAGACGUUGUUGAUUCGAAGGGCAACAUCGUUGGGCACUGCAGCCUUAUCGAGGACAUCCUCCCUGAGGAGUCAGCCGAGGAAAAGGAGCAACGAAAACAAGUAGAGCAAGACAAAAGGCUGGCUACGCAAAUGGCAGUUUGCAUCGAACAAUGCCUUGACAGCAUCCGGCCAAUUUGCAAGCUGAUCACCGAGAAAAUUGACAGAGCAGAGCGCAUGCCCGAGGACGAACGCGAUGAGGAGCAGCUGGUCAGUGAUGUUCGUCCCUUGAUUGAGGAAGGGGGCCGCAUUCUUAGCGAAGCUCGGGGCAUCAUCAAGGGCCUGGACCCGGAUGGAAGGAUCGCAGCUAAGGCCAAACACAGAGCAGCAUCCCGCGAAGCAACACCCGAGGAAUACCACCUGGCCGACGUGCUGAAAGACCUAACGGGUGACGUCACCCAGUGCAUCGACAACGCCAAGCGUAAGCUAGAGGACAUGCCGUACGCGAAGAAGGAGCUCAACCCACUCUGGGGGCUGCUCAACGAGCCGCUGUUCCAAAUCCUCGCUGCUGUUGGCCUGCUGCUGGCUGGCGUGCUGAACCUCGUUGGCCGACUCCUUGGUGGCCUGGGUCUAGGCGGCAUUCUCGAUGGCCUCUUGGGUACUCUGGGCAUUGGGCGCGUCCUCGAGAGCCUGGGCCUUGGUUCUCUCGGGAAAAGCGCAAAGAAAAAGGGCCGUGGGCUUCUUGGGGGUGUACUCGGUGGCUAA